GUUAUGAAUGUGAUGUGGGUUUGCUGGGCAUGUGGGUAUAGAGGGCAGUUCGCUCCUGACUUGCCUCUGGUGCUGACACUAACACCCUUUCGCCUUCAUUCAAGAUAAUCGAUUUUUUAAAACUCGGAUGUGGUUCUUUGAAUGCUUGUGUUAACUGCAACCGGUCGUUGUAUCAAGUACGGUUUGUCUUUUUUAAUGACAGUGAUUCUUUGUAAUUUUAAUGUGAUUAGAUAUUUACUGUUGACACAGAGGGUACCGUUUUAAUUCAAUGCCAAUUAAACAUGUGCCGUGAUAUAAAAGCUUUACGAUGAGAAUGGAAACGAGCGAACGUGACUGAGAAGUUUAUAUAUUCUACCUUCCGAGAGAUUACGUAUCACCACGGAGGAUAACAGAUCAAAACCAGCCAGACUCUGAUCAAAAUAAGCGAGUGUUCAUGUCGAGCGGAGCCAUUGUCAGGGCUGAAAAUUAAGAUACAAAAUGGCAGCCAGUGAAUCCAUCACAAAGGGCGGACUUCCACGGGCGAGACGAGGGAGAGGAUGAGCCAUUACUACACCUGCAGCGUGGAGGCGGUGAGAAACAAGGUCUCCGGUAAGUCUAGGAAUCUUCAGGAGAGAUGGAAGGAUCUCCCGGGACUGCAGGAGGCGCGCGAGAAGGCGCUGGAAGGACUGAAGGGCGCCGGCAGGGUCCUCGUGUGCUUUGUCGGAGGAAGGGACGGAGGCUCGCCCAGGGCCGCGUAUCAGCGAUUGGAUAAUGACUUGGACGAAGCUAACGAGUGGACCUACAGCUCCAAGUUGUCCAAGGCGGGCAAGUGGCUGGUGGCUGGCCUUCGGGGUUAUGCCGAGUCUGUCAAUCCUACCAUGGCCUACGACGCCCAGGCCAGGCACAGGCUACACGUGGCCAGUUCGGGCUACCCAACUACCUUUCCCUAUGCCUUGUGAGGAGGGACUUGACGAGAGCGAGAGGUCUGGAUAUAUGCGUGGAUAAGGAUGUGUUUGUUGUCUGUAUUUCCUUGUACCUUAUGAAGAGGGAUUUUCUAUAUCAGUGUAGGUUUUGACACUUCCCUUGUUAAUGCGAGGCGAGAUAUAUUUUAUGAAACUCAUUUAGUUUAACUUAUGAUGGGUAGUUACUUUCUAUGUGAUGUAUGUGGAUGUGCUGUUUAUAUAAUUUUUAAUACAUUUUAUAAUUGGAGGGCUUA